AUGCUCCUCUCCAACGUCACAGACUCCCUGACAGGAGGAGCGAUUCGUCUCUCGGUGGACUUCGACAGUCCUGUCGACUACCUGGUGUUUCUCUUUCAGCUUCUGUUCGCCACAGCGGCUGUUCUCCUGGCCGGGCCGGUGGUCAUCACCAUCCUGUCCACCAGAGCGCUUCGCCUCCAGAACAGGUUCAUCUUCAUGCUGAACACCAGUAUCUGUGACACGCUGGUCGGGUUCUCGGUGUACUAUCUGGGUCUGUUCGAUGUGCAGGAGGGCUAUCCCUCCAGGAACGGGACGUAUAAUGCCCUACCUUCUCUGCUCGGGGUGAACAUGAUGACUUUCUUAUUCGCGCAGUUUGACCGAUAUUUUGCCGUUUGCCACCCCUUCCUCUACUCGCGCUUUGUGACCCGCCCAGUGGUCAUCUCUGCAAAUGUCUACUGCUGGUUUCACGUCAUCGUUCAGCUGAUCAUUUUGAAUGUCGUGCCCCGGUCCAAAGCUAUACAGGUGUAUGUUUUCAGUAUUGUCAUCUUGCAGGUCAUUGUGCUCACCAAAGUGGCGAUGACCAUCAAGCUGUAUGUCGUCGCCAGGUACCAGCUCGACAGAGACCCUCCCAGCACCGACAAGGAGAACAAAAAGGAGUCGUUAAGAAUCAUCAUCUUUGUUGUCAUAAGCUUCUUGGUGCUGUGGAGCCCCUCCUGUGUUAAUAUUGUCCUCAGACUGGUGAUAGGACGGGGAGUGACAUUUCGAAACCAGGCCAACAAUCUGUUCGCCAUCAUGGCUCGUUUUAACGCCCUGUGCACUCCGGCGGUGUACCUGUGGGGGAGUCCGGCUCUGAGGGAAGCCCUGGUGAGGACAGUGUGGGGCAGAGUGUGCCCGCGAUGCAAGAGGAGAGUUGGCUCCAGUCCUGUGAAGGGAGAUGGCCACGGAGGCCCGAUGAAGAUUCACUGACUGAAAAACGCGACGGUUCCACCGGCUACUACUGAAUGGAUUCAGUGACAAGGGGCUGCAAAGGGGGAAAUAUUCGAACUGUAAAUGUGAUUAUUAAUAAAGAAACCAUUGUCUU